AUGACCGGAAACGAGAUGGUGGAAAGUUCCAUGUGGUGGAAUGGACCACCUUUCCUUUGUACUUCAGAAGAUUGGCCACAAGAUCAACCUACCAUUGAAGCAAAUGAAACCGCACUUGCAGAACUCAUCAAGAAUCCACCUGAAGAGACACACACGUUAACAUCUUCUGAAUACACAGCCGAAAUCAAUCUACUGAACAUUAUCAACUGUGAUCGUUUCAGUAACCUGAACAGCAUGUUACGCGUGACUGCCUACAUGUUAAGAUUUGUCAACAAGAUUAAGAGACGUCUGCUGAGGCAUGUAGAAGAUAACGAAGAAAACGAUGAACUGAAAGCAAGUACUUUAGAACAAGCCGAAUCCCUUUGGAUACGUACAGUACAAGCAAAAGCCUUUUCCAGUGAGAUCAGCAAUGUACAGAAAGGACUUGAAGUGAAACCCCACCGAGUUGAUCAAUUUGCCUGGUACUUUGAUGAAAACCACGUAAUGAGGUGUCGUGGAAUAAUUAACAACUCUAGCCUGCAACCUGAAAGUAAACAUCCAAUUUUAUUACCUUCAAAUCAUCCCUUUGUUGAGUUGCUGAUCCGUCAAAACCAUGAGAAGGUUAAACACAGUGCUGUCAAUAACACACUCACCACUAUCCGAAAAGGAUUUUUGAUACUCAGAGGGAGACAAGCUGUUAAGUGUGUACUAAGGCGUUGUGUGAUCUGCAAGAAACUUGAAGGACUGUCAUAUCCAACAAGCUAUUCUCCAGAUUUACCAAGCAUCCAAGUCUCAGAUGGCCUGCCGUUUACCCAUGUAGGAGUGGAUUUUGCAGGCCCUGUUAACAUUCGAGAGAAUUCAGCCUCCGGAAGCGACAGCGAAAAAUGCUAUAUCUGUUUGUUUACCUGUGUGACAACACGUGCGGAACGGUUGAUCCAAAGUGUCAAGCGGUGUAUCAGAAAAACCAUCGGGAGGACGAUGCUGAACUAUGAUGAACUGGCCACCUCACUGACCGAAGUAGAGUCUGUCAUCAACUCAAGACCUUUGACGCACGAAGAGGAUGACCAAGAUGGAGUGAGCUACACACUUUCUCCUUCCCACCUGAUCAAUGGCCAAAGAAUCAUCGAUUCACCAAAUGGUGGCCACUUUGAAGUAAUCAGCACCAAUUCAUCUUUGACUAAACGAGCCAAACAUCAUCGACACCUUCAACAGUUUACUAAUCGACGGAAGAAGACCUACCUGCUGAGCCUACAAGAAAGGCACACCCAAAUUACCAGAAAUCACAAGGGAGCAGAAAUUGCAGUGGGUGAUGUUGUCAUCCUUAGGAACGAUUCCACUCCAAGAAUGUUUUGGAAACUAGUGUUAGACGAAGAACUAUUGCCAGGCAGAGAUGGAAUUGUAAGAGCCGCUUGA